UAGUCACGUGAGAUGUCUAGUCAACAAGAGACUGUGUGUCCCGCUAGCAGCUACGUCACGUAGAGUUGUUGUUGUUGAUGUUUGUCACAAAUGUUUCGCUGGUCAUCACCUUGAAGUUAUUUGAUGUGAAGCUGCCAGCAGCAUCGUUUAAAGACAGGAUGUUUGCUGUAAGAAUGGACAAAGGUUCACAUCUGCAACUCUCUUCCUCUCCAAUACUGUAUGUCUUCUGGCUGUUUCUCUGUCUGCCGACUGUCCGAGGACAAGACGGCAAAGUCACGUGCUCUGUACCGCCAGUGGAAGAGUUUCAUGACACAGUACUGACAUGUCACUUCCCCGAGGACCUGAGUGUUUCCAAGAAAGACUUUACGGUCUACCACUACGUCCCCGAUAACCAUCCAGUAGAAGUACUAGCUUGUUGGUGGAUCAAGGGUGUUCGUAACUGCUCCACACACCAAGACUUUGUGUACAACAACAUCGUCAGCCGGACACUGAGUAUCACAGCUCGUCAUGUGACGACUAAUCACACCGGCAGCUACGCCUGUCAGAUCGCAAACUACGACGCCAGCUUCUUGGAAAAGUGCGAGUUGAGCUUAAAACCUGUUUCAGAACAUUCUAAAGAAGAAACUAGCAGCCAGUUGAUGAUCAUACUGAUAUCGUCGCUGCUGAGUGCUGUUGUAGUAUCUGCCUUUGUCAUUUUAUUACUGAGAUUUAGACGGAAGCUAUCAUCAAUCUUCUACCAGCGAAGACGACGCCAAAGACCUCAUGAUGAACACAAGUCAGAGACUGAGAUAAUGUUGGAGAAAGAAGAAGUGCAAACUCAGAAGUUCCAGUGUUACCUGGAAGAAAAAGUGAGAGAAAUGUAUCCAGACUUACUCAGCUCCUGCUAUUGUGUUCCUCCAAUCUAUUUCAACAAAUGUCGAUACAAAAAAGAGACUGUCAUAACCAAAUCGGUUCUUGUUUAUGAAUCAUGUGACUCGAGUGAAGUCCAAUACGACCGAGCCAUGCAUCACGUGCUGCACUGCUUACGUCACGUGGGGGAACAACGACGAGAACCAAUGUUUGUCCUGACACAGUUCCGGUAUAAAGACUAUUUAAACACUGUACCUAAAACCCAUGCACGACACUCUGUUCGUCGUGUUAAGAAAGAAGAUGAAAACCUCAAAUGUUUUGACCUCUUGAUCAUCCACAGAAAGUUUGGGUUUACAGCUGUUGUGGUGAAAACUGUGAGUGACAGCCCAGGCAACAAACAACGUGAUCAACAAACAACUGAUGAAACAUUAACGGCACAAUGCAAAGAAGCCAUAUCGCAACUUAAAGAAGCAGGGAACAUGAUAAAUGUUUUGAUGUCAGAUGAACCAAAAGGCCCUGAAGUUCGACUAGUGUUAAUCCUUCCCAACCUAUCGUCUUCAUCCAUCGUACCUGAAGUGACUUCUCAAGCUGACACAAUUCAACUGAUGUAUGCUGACGACCUGCCGGAUUUUAAAUCAACCUUCGAUGUCGGCACUGAACAAAAGCUUGGCCGGUGGUUUGACCGACUGAUUGAGAUAACUCGUGGGGAUACAAUGAUGAGUGAUGAGCUGUAUUUGAAAGCUAUUUCAAGGUUUUGUGGGCCGGCAACACAAUCAAAAUUGGAAAGUGAAGAUGACCUCUUGCUUCCCAAGACUCUGGUUGAAGCUGUUUUAAUUACAGGAAAAUUAUAUAAGCGCAAUAUUUUACAUCCUAACAUGUUAGACUUACUCAAAGAGGAAAGAUUAAUACUCGUUGGUCCACCAAACACCGGCAAACCCCGGAUGUUGAUGCUGGCUGCAGAAAAAUGGCAGGCAAGCGAUCUCCACGUUAUUUCUGGCAAAAGAACACAAAACAACUUUGUAAAACAACAACUCCGUGCCCAUCACAUUGAAUGCGAUUUUAAUAAUAAAAGAGAGGUAGAGGAAACUGCGAGGAUGUUAUGUGAGAAGAAAAACCACAACACUCUCUGUGUUCUUGCUUAUGAUGUCAGUGGACAACAUUUCCAACAGUUCUGCACUCUUUUAAAAGUAAAACAUCCUGUCAUCUGUAUGUGGGCCACUGCACGCAUCAUGAAGAACAAACAGGUACCAAGCGGAUGGAGACUAGCGACCCUCACACACGCCCUCACCUGUCCCCCUGCAGUCGUCAGAGCAGCUGUAGGAGCCGGCUACACCAUACCUGGUGCUGACAAUGAAUACCUUGACUACCUCCCUCCUACAGAUGGACCUCCAGUGAAAUAUUUCCGUCACAAGAGGGAUCAAGGCAACGUGUCCCACAACUGUACACAAUGUGGCGAAAAUGUUGCUGAGUUUCUCCAACUUCUCAUCCGUACGUACGGCAACAGCGCCAGCACAUCGCCGGACGGGGUCAGCGCUGCCUCAGCAAGGGUCAGCACGGAGAGUUUGUCUUCGACAAUACAAGACAAGGAUGUGUUGGUCUUGUUUGAAUGUGACCAAGAGCAAGGAGAGAGCUUUCUAACUGGACUACGCAAUGCCGGUAUCACAGUACACACUUUUAAGGACAAAGAAGACAUGAACGAUUUUACAGAAGACAACAAAUCAGCAUGCGCAAUGCACAUCGAGCAGCUAGAGAGAUACAGGACGCAAAGGAAAAUCGUGGUGUACGUGGAAAGCAAAUCAUGGAAUGGAGACCGAUACACAAAAUGGCGGGGUAUAACGAGCUGCACUUCACAGCUGAUUGUCGUGUCUAAGAACUUUAGAUAAAUACAUCUAUUUCCCUUCUGCCACCUUUGUAUGUCUGGUUAUCUGUCAGAAAACCGUACAUAAUAUGCAAGUUUAUAAAGGAAUCGCAAUGUAUCUUGAAGCAUGAUAAUUGUAUAGUGUUUGAGAGUACAUAUAAAGCAGUAUACUUAUUUGCAACCAUUAACAGCUGAGACUGGCCAUAGCAAUAGUAGUGUUGUUAUUUGCUAUUCUUAAAAUAUUAUUGUAAACAAGCAUUUAUUUUAAUUUUUAAUUUUACAAAAUUACCGAUCAUAAACAAAAGAGUCAAUAAAGGCUUUUUAACAUCUUA